AUGCCAGGUGGAGCAGCGCCGCCCGUGGCCUCGGCCGACGUUUUGCGCGUCGAGGCCCCGGUAACUUUCAAGACAUACAUGAUGUGUGUCUUUGCUGCCUUUGGCGGCAUCUUUUUCGGCUACGAUUCCGGUUACAUCUCGGGUGUCAUGGGCAUGCAGUACUUCAUCGAGGUUAUGGAGGGUCCCGGGGUCACAGUGCUGCCGGCCUGGAAGAAGUCCCUGAUCACGUCGAUCCUGUCGGCCGGUACCUUCUUCGGUGCCCUGAUCGCUGGUGACCUUGCCGACUGGAUCGGCCGGCGUUUCACCGUCAUUCUGGGAUGCGCCGUCUUCAUCGUCGGUGUGAUACUGCAGGUUGCUACUGGAGGACUGGGCUUGAUUGUGGCCGGCAGACUUGUGUCUGGCUUUGGUGUCGGUUUCGUCUCGGCCAUCAUCGUCCUCUACAUGUCCGAGAUCGCCCCUCGCAAGGUCCGCGGCGCCAUUGUGUCGGGAUAUCAGUUUUGCGUCACUGUCGGUCUUCUCUUGGCCUCGGCGGUAGACUACGGAACCCAGAACCGGACCGAUAGCGGCUCGUACCGGAUCCCGAUCGGACUGCAAAUGGCUUGGGCGCUCAUCCUUGCUGUCGGCCUCUUUCUGCUUCCUGAAUCACCUCGAUACUACGUCAAGAAGGGCGAACUGGACAAGGCUGCUGGCACACUCGCUCGGCUCAGGGAUCAGCCAGUCGAAUCCAGCUAUAUCCAGGACGAGCUGGCCGAAAUUGUCGCAAACAACGAAUACGAGAUGAGCGUCACUCCUCAGGGCAACUAUUUCCAAGCCUGGGCGAAUUGCUUCAGGGGCUCGCUCUGGGACAGCAGCAGCUAUCUGCGCAGGACUGUUUUGGGCACGUCGAUGCAAAUGAUGCAGCAGUGGACCGGCAUCAACUUUGUCUUCUACUUCGGCACCACCUUUUUCCAACAGCUCGGGACCAUCCAGAACCCCUUCCUCAUCUCGCUCGUCACGUCCCUUGUUAACGUUUGCUCGACGCCUGUCUCCUUCUACACCAUGGAGCGCUACGGCCGGCGAGCCCUGCUCAUCUGGGGUGCCUUUGGCAUGGUGAUCUGCGAGUUCAUCGUGGCCAUUGUCGGCACCUGUCGCCCCGAUGACGACAUGGCUGUCAAGGCCAUGAUCGCCUUCAUCUGUAUCUACAUUUUCUUCUUUGCCACCACUUGGGGUCCCGGUGCGUGGGUCGUCAUCGGCGAGAUCUACCCCCUGCCCAUGCGCGCCAAGGGUGUGGCUUUGUCGACCGCGUCCAACUGGUUAUGGAACUGCAUCAUCGCCAUCAUCACGCCUUACAUGGUCGACUCGGAUAAGGGCAAUCUCGGCGCCAAGGUGUUCUACAUUUGGGGUGCCCUCUGCAUCGGCUGCUUCGUCUAUGCUUACCUGCUCGUGCCCGAGACUAAGGGUCUGACGCUCGAGCAAGUCGACCAGAUGCUGGCCGAGACCACACCGCGCACGAGCGCUAAGUGGGUGCCCCAUAGCACCUUUGCGGGCGGGGAGAUGAAGGACAAGGUUGCUGUUGGGCACGUUGAGCAGAAGAGCGACAGUGAUGAUAUAGUAUAG